UUCCCGACUUCACUUCCUUGCUCCUCAUUCAGAGUAGGACGAUUGUUUUCUUAACUGCUUAACUUAGUGGAGGAGCUAUGCUUUUAAAAAAUUCGUGUGUUUUUGUGUUACUCACUGCGUCGUUGACAGUCCCCUCUGCAGUUGGCGAGGUGACAAAAGCCACAGUAUACUGGGACGCCCAACAAAAGUCUCCACUGCUAAAGGCUGGGGUCCUAGAUUUAAAUGGAGACGUGUAUGGCUUCCUGAAUGAUACCCUGUCUAGUACAGGUUGGAGUGUCCUCGAGAUACGAGCUGGAUACGGAGAAACAUCCGAGACAGAUGAGGUCACAUUUUUCUUAGCGGGCUACCUGGAAGGCUUCCUCACUGCCCAACAGAUGAUAGAUCACUACACCAACAUGUACCCUCAGCUCAUCCAUGACCCCACCAUCCUUGGUCCAGUUCAGAACUUCAUGAAGCAACAAGAUUCUUGGACCAGAUUGCAAGUGAAAAACAAUAAGAGUUCGGAUCCUAUGUGGAGACACGUGGGCUUCAUUGUGGCCCAGAUGGACGGCUUGCAAGCUGGAGUUGCAGAAUGGGCCAAGAGACAAGGGAAAAAGCCCCUGUCCCUGUUUGCCGUUCAAUUCCUAAAUGCAGUGGGCGACCUGCUGGAUCUGAUCCCGGCCUUGGUCCCCACCUCGCCGCCACUCAAACACUUGAAACUUCCAGGGAUGGGACACUGCUCAGCACUCAUAACGGUUCUCCCAGGCUUUGAGAACCUCUUCUUUGCCCACUCCAGCUGGUACACAUACGCAGCAACCAUGCGGAUCUACAAACAUUGGGAUUUCCAUAUUGCUGAUCCCAACACAGCCACUGGGAAACUAUCAUUCAGCAGCUACCCUGGUUUUCUGGUGUCCCUGGAUGACUUCUACCUCUUGGGGAGUGGUCUCAUGAUGACCCAGACCACCAACAAUGUCUUCAACGCCUCCCUUUUUAGCAAUAUCAGCCCUAAAAGCCUUCUAGCCUGGCAGAGGGUUCGACUGGCUCACAGUUUGGCUCAUACGGGAGAGGAGUGGGCUAAAAUCUUCUCUCAGUUCAACUCUGGUACUUACAACAACCAGUACAUGGUGCUGGAUAGGAGCAAAGUGAAGCUGGGCCACAGUAUUGCUGACGGAGCUCUCACUGUAGUGGAGCAGAUCCCCGGGUUGGUGGAGCACUCAGACCAGACACAAGUGCUGCGCCGAGGUUACUGGCCAUCCUACAACGUUCCCUUCCACCAGAAGAUCUACAAGUUGAGUGGAUAUGAGCUAAUGUGGCAAGAAUAUGGAGAGGACUUCUCCUAUGAUCUCUGCCCCAGAGCCAAGAUCUUCCGGCGUGACCAAGCUGCUGUCAAGGACUUGGAUUCUUUAAAGCACAUCAUGAGAUUCAAUGACUACAAGAAGGAUCCAUACUCUAAAGGUGACCCCUGCAAGUCCAUCUGUUGUCGAAACGACCUGAAGACAGAAGGAGCUAAACCGGGGGGUUGUUAUGACACUAAGGUCACAGAUUUCCAAAUGGCGGGGGAGUUCCGCGCGGAAGCAGUGAACGGGCCAACGACACAGGAUGGACUCCCACCGUUCACCUGGGAUCAGUUCAGCAACAUCAGCCACCAGGGUUUGCCACUGUACUACAACUUCACCUUUGUCAGGAUGAAGCCUCUCCUCUUCCAGCCUUGAAUAUCAAGCAAGGAAGGAAACCUGGAGCUAUUAAAAGGCAUUUUAAAUAUACAAUGCCUCACUGUGAACCAUUUGAUUACUACCAGACAAUCAAGAAAUAACAAUUCUGACUAUGAAAAAAAAGAAUGACAAACAAUUAUGUAAUGAUCUUUAUAAAUGCAUGCAUGAAUCAUUUAUAUUGUUUGUGGAAAAAGUCAUAAGUGAAACUGUGGACGAUACUUGUAUGAGAUUGAAAUUUUACGGAAGGCACGAACCAGCAUGCACACAACAAAUCUUCUAAUUUUAUCCUUUUUUUCUUUUCAGCUUUAGAUUUCAGUUAUUGAAGCAAUGUGAGCAGCAAAGUGUCUCACACAAUGCAAAAGUAUCUCAGGGUAAAGUGAGUUAAGAUCUUUUACACCUUCAACUUUGAAUUAUUACCUCUAGUUUUAAAUGAAUGUAAUGAAUUUAUAAAAUGCUCAAACAUUGCACUAAGAGGAAACGUCAUGUAUGCGCUCAAAUCAUCAAUAUUUUCCUUUCAAGUUGUUUUCAUAAUGAACAAAGCCAUCGGUCCAUGAUCACCUCUCAGGGCUCUUUUGCAUUUAAAGUAUUGCAUCGACUCUUAUUUUCAGCCUGUUUCAGGGUUGUAAGAUUUUAUGAUCGCAUUUUCAGCUUUAGUUUUGAUGCAGUGCUGCACAUAUAUAGUACUUUAACUAGUUGCCGGCCAUUGACAACGGUAGAUAUCCAAUUUAAACUGGGAGAACUGGCUGUGAGUGCUAAUUUUUCAGCGCCUUGACUGCACUAAACGUCCAUAUAUUUUGACUGGGAGGGUGUGAAUGAAUGAAUGUCAUUUAUUAAUUAAUGGCAGCCA